AUGAACAAUGCUAUCGACCCAAUUGAUUUACUUAUUAAAGAUUAUUUAGUAUCAAGAUGUUAUACCAAUACAGUUAGAGUCUUGGAGCAGGAUAGUUCGACCUCAAAAGAUGCAAAUUUCCAGGUAUUUUUGUAUUUCCAAGUUUCAAUUAAUUAAUUAGUUAUAAAAUAUUUAGGUUGGUCGAUGCGUUGAAGAAAUGACACGAGCUAUCGAUUCUCUUGACGUUGAUAAACUUUUGAUGCUUUGGAAUAAUUGGAACACAAAAAUAUUCAAUUCGCUAGAUCAGGAAAACGCAAAGCUUGCUAGACAAUAUGAGACGAAUUCUUAUCGAUUGCUUUUGGUGAAAUGUGUUCAGAAAGAAGAUAUUGUAAAAUGCAAUGAGUUUUUCAAGAAAAUGACAAGCCAUACAAUGAAUAAUCCGGAAUGGACCGAAUGGUUUGGUAAGUAUUUUGAUUGACGGGGUUUGUGGAACUUUAAAUAUUUUGAAAAAAAUUUGCUGACUUUUGAAAAAUACUUAUCAAAAUCUGAUAUAAUUCAUAAUUUUGCAAUCAUCUUGUGAAAUGAAAAACUAAAUAGAGAAAAACCAACAAAAUGGUCAACUCAUUAUUUCAGCAUUCCCGUAUAAUCCACAUGCCAAAGAUUGCGAACCAUUCAGAAAAUAUUUUGUAAAAAGCUGGGUUGAAAUAUUUCUAAUGUCAUUUCACAAUUUUCUAUCAACAAGUAUACCAACAGCUCUACCAAGUUCAAUUGAAAAAAUUGUUGAGGAAAUUGCCAGAGAUCCAGAGGUGAGGUUUUAGUUUUAUCUUAUUGGAAUUUGUGAAACAUAUCAAUGAAUUUUAGCAGGGAGAUACAACUAAUGUUGAAUUCGAUGAAGAAUUGAUUGAUGACUUUGCAGUAAUAGCACAGUGAGUUUUUUCAAUGGAAAAUUGAGGAUCAAAAAAAUAAAUAAAAUAUUCCAGAUGUUCAACAACUGUCAAACGUGCUCACUCAAAACCAACACUUCGAAAUAUUUUUAAAACUUUGACUGGCACCAAAAAAUCGCAAGAUUAG